CGAUCAGCAGUUUGUCAUGAUUCACACUUUAUUUAAUCGUAUCCAAUUGGAACCAACUUUGGUAAAAGUUAUAAAAAAUGACGCCAAAAUUAUUUCUGGUAGUCCUUCUUGGCCUCGUAGGGUGGACCAUGGGGACUCAGGAGGUUCAACAAGAUUCCAAGAUCCUCGUCUGCUACUAUGGCAGUUGGUCCGUGUACCGCCCUGGUAACGGUGCUUUUAACGUCGAAGACAUCGACCCCAUGAUUUGCACACACAUCAUUUACGGUUUCGUGGGGUUGACCGUCGAUGGCGUCAUGGAAGUUUUGGACCCAUGGAACGAUUUGGAGGAGAAUGAUGGACGAGGCGCCAUGAGAAGAUUCACAAAUUUGAAACAGAUUAAUCCUAACCUAAAAACUCUCCUCGCGAUUGGUGGGUGGAACGAUUGCGAACCAUUGGUUGGAAAGAAUUGCGAAAAAUAUGCAAACAUGGCUUCCACCGCCGCUAAUCGUAGACGAUUCAUCGACAGUGUCAUCCCAUUUUUGGAACGCUACAAUUUCGAUGGUUUCGAUCUUGAUUGGGAGUAUCCAACAUUCAGAGGUGGUCGACCAGAAGAUAAGGCCAACUUUGCUCUGCUUUGUGCCGAGAUGAGGGCAGAAUUCAACUCACGAGGCUGGCUUCUCACGGCAGCCGUGUCGGCAGGCGAACCCACCAUCAACGACGCCUACGACAUCCCAUCAAUCUCACAGUCACUUCACCACAUCUUUUUGAUGGCCUACGAUAUGCAUGGUGGUUGGGAAAGCUACACUCAUCACAACUCACCACAAGGCUUAAUUCCAGAAGAUGCCCCGCAUGCAAACAGCUCUUUCCUUACUGUGCAAUAUGCCGUCGACGUCUGGCUUAACGGUGGUUGUCCCGCAUCGAAACUGUCCCUCGGCAUGGGAACGUACGGGCGUGGUUGGCUACUUCAAAGCGAAGCUGAGACUGGAUUUUAUGCCCCCACCAGCGGACUUAUUGAUGCUGGGCCAUACACCAGAGAACCUGGGAUUUGGGGAUAUAACGAGAUCAUUGAGAAACAAGCUAGCGAAGCCGGCUGGCGUGUGGUGCGAAACGCUGCGAUUGUCGGACCCUACGCAGUCCAAGGAAGGAGAUGGAUUGGUUACGAUGACGUAGAAAGUAUUGGAGUGCGGGUUCAGUACCUCCUUCAGAAGGGACUGGGUGGAGGAAUGUUCUGGUCCAUUGAAACUGACGACUUUAGAGGUCUUCACAGUUCGGAGAGGUAUCCACUGCUUAAAACAGCGAGACGUGGCCUGUCUGGCACGAUUCCAACGCCACCACCAACAACCACCCGAGACCCGACAGCACCGACCACAACCACGACGACCCUUCCACCCGACGGUGUUUGUCGAGCCCCCGGCAUUAUUCCCCACCCCGAAAAUUGUCGCCAGUACAUCACAUGUGUGCCGAACGGUUCGGGUGGAUAUGACCAAAUCGUGACGAACUGUCCAGAAGGAACGAUAUUCGACCCAAAUAUGGGAGCCUGCAAUUGGUACGAUCAAGUCCCAGAUGCACCUGAACUAUGCAAUGAAAGGGUCUGGUUUUAAAUUCUCUGAUAAUAAAAUACUUUGUGAUAUUCGAGUACAGAUUAAAAGAAAUAUUAAUAAAUCAAGCUCUGUAAAUAUUCA